UAUAUUUUUAUUCCUUGCCUAUAUAAUUCUAAUUGAACUUAGCUGUCAUGGAUGUGAUAAAUCGUAGUGCCCUCUGAUUCAUUCUCGCUGCAGUCACAAGUUGGCAUAGGCUGAUAUUGUGACCUUUGUUCAGAAAAGCUUAUGGUAUAGAGAAGGGAAUGGGGCUGCUGUGCGCAACUGCUCCCUGAAUCUUCUUGGGGAGAGUGUGACUUGGAGAGAGGGGGAUUCUCAGCCUUUACAUUCGAUUUGUAUUCCGCUCCGAAUGGCUCAGAUUUAGUGGCCACUUUGGGUUUUCUUGAGAACAAUACAAACUGUCAGGGCAUCUGCUGUCUAUUUUGACUCCAUUCAGAAAGGCCCUUUCGUUUCUCUUCAAGCUGUAGGGUCGUAAAUUUUAUCCUUGCGUCAUAAUAGAAAAGAGCCAUAAAAUCCAGUUGAAAUUUUACCCAAGGCAAACGUUAGCCAACACAUAAUGAUUUCCGGGUGCGCUUUAUCUCUGCGGUAGUCAUUAUUAUUGCACUUAAAAUGGAUAAUUUUCAACUGGACAUUACAAUUUAUUCACAUCAUUUGGAGUCAUUUAUUCUAGUAAAAUGGAUAUUUACUGAUCUGGCUGCCUGUCCCAGCAGACUUGGGGAGAAGGGAUUAGUAACAAGAUGCAUCUCUUUGUUGCAACAUAGAAGAAACCGAGACAUAUUUCUGUUUGUUGUUAUCUUUUUAUUAAAAACAUUGUAUAUUUUUAUUAAUGCAACUAUGUAUGGCGUUAGGAUGGUAAUUCAUGGUGUUUCAGAAUGUUCGUGUUGCACAAUUUAUAUCAUUUUUAUAGAAAGAUAAUAACACUGGAGAAGGGUCGAAAAUGUGUUUAUUUUCCCUAAAUAUAUAUUUAUGCAUUAUGGUAAAAUUUUGGACACAAACCGGGUCACUUGGCUGAAGGGUAUUUCUGUGUAGGAAAUCGAAAUUCUUAUUCCAAAUGGAGCACAAACCACAGAGAGAGAGAGAAUGGGAAUCAUCCUCUAACUACUGGGGUAGAAUAACAUUAAUUUCCUAGAUAUAGCUAUGGAGGUUUUAUCAGUUGACAAUGGCCCAAGUUGUUGGUAUAAAUCAUUGUAAGUAAUUCCUGAAAGGGUGUGAAUGUGAUGGCGAAUGUCCGAGGACUGUAAAUCUCCCAGUUUUAUUGCUCUGAGAGCAGAUGCUGCGGUUGAAAUGCUGCUACUUCCACUCAGGCUCCUCUCUCACAACCUGCCCGGGAUAAUAUUACUUUAUUGUCAUUUUCCUAAACUGGGACUUACAGUCUUUUGUCUUCAACUGUAUUCGGUUUUAUUCCACCCUGCGCACAGAGAUCCCAUUAUUAUUGUUUUAAAAUACAGAUUUAACUUGUGUAUGGAUUAGCGUGUGUGUGUGGCCAACUUAUUGGCUCUCUAUUCCUGUGUAUAUGUAUAAGUUGUGCAGAAAAUAGUUUAUUUCGUACUUAUAUGUAUAUAUUUUUCCAUUUGGAACAAGAUUUGUAAUUACUAUUACUCCAUUCACACAUAAGUCUCAUUGAGGUUUUCCUACUACACAUUGUGGGGAAACAAAGGAGCACAAGGGAAGUGUGUAUGGAGAUGGUUUUAUUUGAGCAGCCUGGAGAGAUGGGGAAAGAGGGAGAGAGGAAGGCAGAGUGGGGGGUAAAUAAAAAGAUUUAGAUUAAAGGAGGUUACUAAAAGGAAGGAAACCAGAGUAAAAUGUAUAAUUGAGGCAGAGAGAUUGCUGUAGUCUGAGGGGGAAGCAGACAGAUUCUGUAGGGAUUUCGGAUUGCUCUAUUUUCCAUUUUGCAAGAUAAAUAAAUGGUGAUUUUGGUGGGAAAUGGUUCUGAAAAUAUCCUGAGUACCUCCAUGGAGCUGCAUCCUGUGAGCCAACAUACAGGCAAAGGGAACUCAAUACAGGCAUUGCAUAAAAACACCAUAACAAUUGGACUAUGAGUGUAUUUCCAUAUACUACAUAUACAUGGAGAGACAUAUACACAUGUGAAUCUGCUACAGUCUCCAUGUAGAUCAUGCAAGUACCUUUCACUUGCCACAAAAUCUGUAGAAUUUGAAUUGUGGGCUAUCAGGGCUUACUGGGACCAGUCUAUUGCCAUGAAAGGCAUAUGCUGAAAUUCUUAGGAAAUGACACGGGUUGGUUGGGCUUGGUCGGAAGUAUAUAGGUACUGCUGAAAUUCUACCGUGGAUACAGAUCACGUGAACAAAUAUGUUUAAAUUGUAAGGCAGUGCUUAUAUUUCUGAUUAUAAGGGGGGGGGGAGACUUAACUUCCAUCACCUGGGGGAAACUUAGAAAUUGUACUCAUUAAAGGAACAGGGGUAACCCCUCUCUCUUUCUUACUUUCCCUAAAGUGUAGUGGCAAAGAGUUGAUUUAAAACAAAAUCAGAAGUUCCUUGCCCUGACUUUUAUUGGUAGGUGAGAGUUAGGCUGUUCCCAUUCUAUCGGGAAUACUGUACUGUGCUGCAAAAGCGCAGCAUCAGGGUUAGGACAGAAGCGUCCACAGACAAAGGGGGAUCUGUAGCGCUCAGCUCGCAGCGCAGCCAGACAGACUGAGGACACUGAGCUUUAUGAUAAAUUGAUACCCAGCAAUUCAUUUGGGACUGGAUCACACCAAACAGGACACUGUCCUAAAAAGGUCAAAUACAAAAGCAAGGAGAAGGUAAAUAAGGUCACCUGACUGGCCCUAGAAGACCAGCCUUUGGAAGUCAAUGCUCAUUGAUAAGGGUUCCAAUCCCCUAUCAAUAAGAGAAGCCAAGAUGCAGAAAACAGCUUAUUACGAAAACUCCGGACUUUUUGGAGGUUACACCUAUGCUAAACCAGAAUCCUACAGCUACGGGCCCAGCCAGCAGCAGUACCCACAAUCCUCUCUAGAUAGCGACUAUCCCAGCACUGCCUGCUCUAUCCAGCCGGCUGCUAUAAGGGCCCCCAACCAUAAGGCCAAUGAUAUCAGUGGCAGUUGUAUGCGGACAACAUCAAGUCAAAACUCCAACCAGGCCCCAAGUAUUAGCAACCAACAGCACCAAGCCCCAUCUCUGCCCCCUUCCUCCCCCAGUCAUGGCAACAGCUCUGCCCAGAAAAAGAGCAAAUCGUCAAAUUCGUCUGGCUCUUCCCAGGCUACUCUGAGCAAACAAAUAUUCCCAUGGAUGAAAGAGUCCAGACAGAAUGCCAAGCAGAAGAAUACCAGCAGCAGUAGCAGCACCCCUCCAGGCGAGAACUGCGAGGAGAAAAGCCCAACCGGCCCUUCCUCUAAGCGAGUCCGCACCGCGUACACCAGCGCCCAACUGGUAGAACUGGAGAAGGAGUUUCACUUCAACCGCUACCUGUGCCGCCCCAGGAGGGUGGAAAUGGCCAAUUUACUGAACCUCACUGAGCGCCAGAUCAAGAUCUGGUUCCAGAACCGCAGAAUGAAGUAUAAGAAGGAUCAGAAAGCCAAAGGGAUCAUGCACUCCCCCGCAGGCCAGUCCCCAGACAGGAGCCCAACGCUCAGUGGGUCCAACCAUGUGGGAUAUUCCAGCCAGCUUCCUACUGUGAAUAGCCUCAGCUAUGAUGCUCCUUCUCCAACCUCCUUUGCCAAAUCCCAACAAAACAUGUAUGGGCUGGCUGCUUACACAGCACCUCUGAGCAGCUGCUUACCCCAGCAGAAAAGAUACCCUGGGGCAGAGUAUGAGCACCACACCAUGCAGGGCAACAGCGGCUUUGCCAACCCCAAUUUGCAGGGCAGCCCUGUUUAUGUUGGAGGGAACUUUGUUGAUUCCAUGCCAGCUUCUGGCCCAAUGUUCAACGUUGGCCACCUCUCCCACCCUUCCUCUGCCAGUGUGGACUACAGUUGUGCGGCUCAGAUUCCAGGCAACCACCACCACGGACCGUGUGACCCCCACCCCACAUACACAGAUCUAAGUUCCCAUCACACAACUCAGGGAAGGAUGCAGGAGGCCCCCAAACUCACACAUCUGUAAGAAACUGUUGGCAGAAGGGAGAAAGAGAAAGAAAGAGCAGCGAUAUAAAACGUACUCCUUUUAAUUACCUCACUUUUUUUCUGAAUGGAAAUUAAUGUACCUUAUUGUGAUUGUGCCAACGGCUGGAAGGAGGGUCUGGGCUUCUUCAGCAGAUCCAUCCCUUCCUCCAGACCCUGUAACUAGCCCACCAAGCAAUGGACUUUCCUAGGUACUAUAAGCAUGACAGUGCAAUAAAGUGAGAACUAAGGCACAAUAAAACUUUAAAUAAUGUACUUGAAGGUAAGUCUCUUAGAUGGACUAGUAUUAGCCAGCGCGUCAUGCAAAAGGUGUUUUGUUUUUUUAAUUAUUUUUGACCAAAUGAGUAGAAAAUGGGGAUUAUGACUUGCUUAUGAUCUAAUUUCAGAAAAAAAAGUUAAUUUAUGAAUUAUUUAGCAGUGUCGGAGAUGCAUUGAUAUAAGUGCAACGUAUUUAUUAUUUUUAAGGGCAAAACUAUUAUUUCUUUGUUAUAUUUUGUAUCAUUAUUUAUCCUUGUCUUAUUGUAUUUAUGUGGAUGAUUGUGAAAUUUAAUCAGUGCAACUUGGAAAAAUGAAUCAAGUCCAUUGUGGCUACAUUUUCUUCUACGUAAUUAAAACACCAGAGACUUUAGAGUUGUAAUUGCGACUGGUGUUUGAGCCUCAAGAUAUCCUUGAUGUUAAAUUUAAGGCAGAAAUGUGAAUUUCCACUGAAAAUGUAGCUUUUUUCCACAAUGGGCCUUUGACAUUUUGAAAAGUUCUAUUUUCACUUUUAUUGUUUCAAUUGUCUGAUAACAUUUCAGCAGUAUUUAGAACAAAAGGUAUGUAGUGUAUCUCAGUAGGCUAAACUAGCAGGACACAAUUAUGUUCCACAAAUCUCUCACCAGCUGCACAAUAUAGAGGCUCUUGCUAUUUGAACCUUUUUGCACAUAAUAAAAGUUAAAGAUUUUGCUAGUUUAGUUUACAACGGAUAAUUAUCCCCCCCAAUAUGUAAACUGUGAGGAGUCUCUUUUUUUAUUUGUCAAUUAGAUUUCUUUGCAAUAACAACUCUUCACUUAUUUUAAAUGCUUGUUUUAUACGUUCGUGUGGCUUUCGUUGUAAUACCUUCAUGAACGUUUGUAUAUUAGAUGUACAUUUGGAAUUUAAAGCUUAGCAAUUGUAGAAAAUUCAUUAAAAAAAGAUAAAAAACGACAAUCAAAUGUGUACAAAUUGAAAAAAAAAAAAAAGAAGCCCAGUGUUUUUUUGAGUUGAAACACGAAGUAUUCUUUAGAAAGGGCUUUUUUAAAACUAUGACAUUUCGUUUACAGGGUAAGCCUACAGUAUUAUGAAGGGUUAAUUAAUAUAGGUUGAAAUGUUGCAUUUUUUUUUUUUUAAUUUAUGAGGAAUGGAAGUUCAGUGGUGACAAUUAUUAGCAAUGUAAUGCAGGCGAGGGUGGAAGGGGCGGUUGUACAGACCCACGGUUAUCUGAUUAUUUUCUAUUCAAAGCAAUUCUCUUCCUACGCAUCCCUGUUUGUUUGGCUAGCUAACAUAACUCCUACACUUAACCAUGAAAAGAGAUCAAAUUCCUGUUGAGUGAAUAUCUGACCUUUAAUGUUUUGGUUAAAAAAGGAAAACAGUCAGCCCACUUCAGCACAAGGAUACAAAUGAACGCACCAACUACGUGUUUAUUGUUUUAUGAAGUGCAGGAAUCACAAAUGCAGAGCCAUUCACUGUACAACUGCAAAGCAUUAAUUUGUCCCAAUAAAAUGGAAGUUACAACGGA